GAGCGGGAGAGGGAGGCGGCGGCGAGACACAGCGCGGAGGCUCAGCGAGCGAGCGACGAGCGAGGGGAGGGAGGGACGAGGGAGCAGGCACCGCGCCGCCGCGCCAUCCGCCGCCAUCCCGCCGCCGCCGCGCCCGACCGCCGCCCGACCGCCAGCGCCCGGCCCCGUCGCGCCCGCGGAACAGACCAGGCAGAUCGGGGCGGUGCCGAGAAAAAUUUCCUUACUAGAUGACAUUUCAUCGCAAUGUCCGAUCGUUUGGGGCAAAUAACCAAGGGCAAGGAUGGGAAAAGCAAGUAUUCGACGCUCAGCCUGUUUGAUAAGUAUAAAGGAAAAUCAGUAGACGCAAUCAGAUCCUCAGCAGUCCCUAGACAUGGCUUACAGAGUCUCGGCAAAGUUGCCACAGCCCGGCGCAUGCCCCCGCCCGCAAACCUGCCGAGCUUGAAGUCUGAAAACAAAGGAAACGACCCCAACAUCGUUAUCGUGCCCAAGGACGGGACGGGAUGGGCAAACAAGCAGGACCAGCAAGACCCAAAGAGUUCCAGUGCGACGGCCUCUCAGCCGCCGGAGUCGCAGCCGCAGCCGGGUUUGCAGAAAUCUGUCUCCAAUUUACAGAAACCGACUCAGCCAGUCAGUCAGGAGAACACAAAUACAGUGCCAGGUGGACCAAAGUCAUGGGCACAGCUGAAUGGAAAGCCAGCAGGACACGAAGGUGGUUUAAGGGGCUCAAGCCGACACUUAUCCUUCUCUCCCGAGGAAUUUCCGACGCUGAAAGCAGCUGGCGGGCAGGACAAGGCUGGCAAAGAAAAGGGCGCCUUAGAUCUGUCGUAUGGGCCAGGACCAAGCCUCCGCCCUCAGAAUGUGACAAGCUGGAGGGAGGGCGGUGGGCGAAACAUAAUUCCUGCCACGUCUCUGAGCGCCGCCCCCACUGAGCUGGGCAGCAGGAACUCGAGCGCGGGAGACGGAGCCCCCUCCUCGGCAGGCGCCAGCGAUGCUAAGGACCCCUCUCUCCGCCCGGCUCAGCCUGUUCGCAAAGGGGCCUCGCCGUUCCUGGGGAACGCAUACCACCCACCUACAUACCAUGACAUGCUUCCUGCCUUUAUGUGUUCGCCACAGUCAUCCGAGAACCAGGGUGCAGCGGAACGAGCGUCUUUCCCGCCUCCGCCGCUCCGCCUGGAGCCCCGCGUUCCUUUCCGGCAGUUCCAGAUGAAUGACCAGGACGGAAAAGACAGCCGGCUGGGCAUGCCCCGCCCGCCCCGCCCGCUCAGGCAGCUGGUGGAGCGGGCGCCACGGCCCACCAUCAUCAACGCGGAGAACCUCAAGGGCCUGGAUGACCUGGACACCGAUGCCGACGAUGGCUGGGCAGGCCUCCAUGAGGAAGUGGACUAUUCUGAGAAGUUGAAGUUCAGUGAUGAUGAAGAGGAGGAGGACGUGGUGAAGGAUGGCCGGCCACAGUGGAGCAGCUGGGACCCGAGGAGGCAGCGGGGGCUGUCAGUGAGCUCCGCGGACGGUGCUGAUGCCAAGCGUGCCCACGAGGAAGGAAAGGACUGGGGCGAGACGGUGGGAGUGGCUCGCGUCGUCCGGAAGGUGCCAGAACCUCAGCCCCCUCCGAGGAAGCUUCACAGCUGGGCCUCAGGCCCUGACUACCAGAAGGCCUCCGUGGGCAGCGUGUUCCGGCAGCAGUCGGUCGAGGACAAAGAGGACAAGCCGCCCCCACGGCAGAAGUUCAUCCAGUCGGAGAUGUCCGAGGCCGUGGAGCGCGCCCGGAAGCGGCGGGAGGAGGAGGAGCGCCGGACCCGGGAGGAGCGGCUGGCUGCCUGCGCUGCCAAACUCAAGCAGCUGGACCAGAAGUGCAAGCAGGCCCAGAAGGCCAGCGAGGCGCAGCGGCCGCUGGAGCGGGACGCGCCCCGGUCCCCAGGCCCCGAGAAGGCGCCGCCGCAGGAGAACGGCCCCGCUGUCCGCAAAGGCUCCCCCGAGUUCUCUGUCCAGGAAGCCCCCAGCACGUUCUCAGAAGAGGCCCCCACAGCUCCUGCGGCCGUGGCUCGGAGCGGCAGCAGUGAGGAGGGGGCCGGGGAGGCUGGGUCCCCUGCGCAGGAGUUCAGCAAGUGCCAGAAGUCCCUUCCUCCCAGGUUCCAGCGCCAGCAGCAGCAGCAGCAGCAGGAGCAGCUGUACAAGAUGCAGCACUGGCCGCAGGUGUACCCGCCGCCCUCGCACCCGCAGCGCCCCUUCUACGCGCACCACCCUCAGAUGCUGGGCUUCGACCCCAGGUGGAUGAUGAUGCCUCCCUACAUGGACCCUCGGAUCCCGCCCACUCGCACCCCAGUGGAUUUCUACCCCUCGGCUCUGCACCCCUCGGGACUGAUGAAGCCCAUGGUGCCCCCAGACUCCGUCAGUGGGACUAGCUGUCGCUCUGAGGAUCAGAGCCGUGUCCCCCAACUGCAGGAAAGAAAAGUGACCGCCAUCGACCCAGCCCCUGUGUGGAGCCCCGAGGGCUACAUGGCAUUGCAGAGCAAGAGCUACUCGCUGCCUCCCCCAAAACCCAGCGACACUUUGGCCAUGGACAUGCACGUCAGGAAUGAAAGCGCUUACUCUGCCUCACCCGGAAGGUCAGGGGGCGUAGGCGCCCCGCGCGCUCCCCAUGAGGAGAGAGUGGAGGAGUACUUGAGUGCUUUUGACAAGAAGGCCCAAGCAGACUUUGACAGCUGUGUCUCUUCCCAAAGAAGAGGCCAGGAGCUUUUGUUUCCUCCCCAAGACAGUGUGCAGGACGCAGGCGCUCCUCGGGGCCACACCCCAAACCUCCGGUGUUCCCCACUGGAGCCCGACUUUGCCCCGGCUGAGAACAAGCCAGACUAUAGCAAUUGGGACGUUAGCCCCCAGGCCAAGGCCGACACAGCCAACGGUGUGGACAAGGAGGCGCCCCGGGAGGAGCCGCCCUUCAGUGCCUCCUCCUGGGAGAAGGAAGGGAGCCCCCACAAACAGCCGUCCCUGGAGCCCGAGUGGACCCCCGAGCCCCGGGGCCCCGGCAGCCAGCAGCAGGAGCAGACCAGCAGGACCCGGCGGUCGGGGCCCAUCAAGAAGCCGGUGCUGAAGGCGCUCAAGGUGGAAGACAAGGAGAAGGAGCUGGAGAAGAGCAGGCCGGAGCCGGGGGAGGAGAGCGCCCGCCCGUCCCCGGAGGAGGCGCCGCGUCACCAGGGCGAGGACGAGGACCAGGAGAACGACCCCACGCUGGCCAACGCCGCCCCCUCCGCCUCGGAGGGCCCGGGCGCGGCAGGCCGCUCUGCCAGCAAGCCUGAGGAGGACGAGCAGCCCGACGGGACCUGGGAGCCCAGGCCGGCCCGGGAGCCCAGCGACACGCCCCUGACCAAGAGGAGCAACUGGAUCUUCAUCGACGAGGAGCAAGCCUUUGGGGGCCGAGGGCAGGCCCGGAGCCGCGGCCGCGGGUUCCGAGAAUUCACUUUCCGUGGCCGGCCUGCGGGCGGCGGCCCGGGCAUCGGGGGCGGGGGGGCCCUCGGGGCGCGGGGCAUCUACACCCACAGCCAGAGGGGCGGCCGCGGCCGGGGCCUGCGCGACUUCGGGCCGCCCGAGGACUUCCCCCGCGCCAAGCCCCGGCGCCGCAUCGCCAGCGAGACCCACAGCGAGGGCUCCGAGUACGAGGAGCUGCCCAAGCGGCGGCGGCAGAGAGGCUCGGACGGCGGCCACGAAGGCUCGCUCCUGGACAGGGAGGAGGCCGCCUCCAGGAAAGGCGACUUCAGGGACUCGUGGCGGUCCCACAGGAUGUACCCCGACGACCACGGCGGCCUGGAGGCCAAGAGCCGAGGCCCGCGGGCCUUCGGGCGCGCCCUCCCUCCCCGGCUGAGCCACUGCGGCUACGGGCGGAGGACCUUCGUGUCCAGGGAGGCCGCCCACUGGCAGAGCCGCAGUGCCGGCGCCUGCUGGCCGGACCACGGCUCCCCCGACACCGGCCCCCGGCGGCCCCCCGACAGAGACUGCGUCCCAGAGGCCUCCCGGCACCCCGAGGCCCUUGGCGCCAGGGGCUGCGAGGACGGCCGCCUGGAGGACAAGAGGCCCUUCUUCCCGGACGACCACGGGGCCGACGCCGAGAGCGGGGAGAACCGGCCCUUCCGGAGGAGGCGCCCCCCGCGCCAGGACAAGCCCCCGCGCUUCCGGCGCCUCCGGCAGGAGCGCGAGUCCCUGGGGGUGUGGGGGCCGGAGGAGGAGCCCCACCUGCUGGCGGGCCAGUGGCCAGCCAGGUCCCAGCUCUGCCCCGGGGACAGGAGCGGCGCCGUGGGCCGCAGGUCCCCCGAGCUCUCCUGCCAGAACUCCUCUGACCACGCCAACGAGGAGUGGGAGACGGCCUCCGAGAGCAGCGACUUCAGCGAGCGGCGCGAGCGGCGGGCCGGCUCCGGGCCCGAGCCCGGCUCCCACGCGGACGGCAGCCUGCCCGGCGCCGGCCUGGGGGAGAAGAAGGAGCUGGCCAAGCGGAGCUUCUCCAGCCAGAGGCCCCUGGUGGACCGGCAGAGCCGGAAGCUGGAGCUGGGAGGGUUUGGGGAGAAGGCUGUUAGGCCAGGCGGUGGUGACACCUCUCCCCAUUAUGAGAGCCAGCAGAGUGGGACGCCUUUGAAAGCCAAAAGGAGCCCGGACGAGGCCUUGCCAGGAGGCCACAGCAGUCACUACGCCCUGGAGCGGGCUGCCCAUGCCACCUCUGACGUCCCCGAAGCCGCCGGUGAGAAGGCAGAGGAGGCCACCCUGGCUGCUCAGAGGGUGGGCGAGCAGGGAGAGGCCUUGAAGCAGUUUGACCUGAACUACGGAAAUUCCAUCCUCGAGAACUGUGGGACCAGCCCCGGCGAGGAGACGGAGGCAGGCUCCAUGGUGGGGGAAGGCUUCAUCGAAAUCCUGACCAAGAAGCAGCGCCGCCUGCUGGAGGAGGAGAGGAGGAGGAAGGAGCAAGCUGCGCAGGUGCCUGUCAAAGGUCGGGGCCUUGCCUCCCGCAUUCCUCCUCGGUUUGCGAAAAAGCAGAACAACUUGGGCCUGGAGCAAGGCGAUGUGCCCGUGCCGGGCGGCAGCCUGGGCACCGAGAUCUGGGAGAGCAGUGGCCAGGCCCUGCCCGUUCAGGCCUCAACCAGCGACUCCUGGACUAAAGCCGCCACGGCCUUCAACAGCUCCGAGCCCGGCUCCGCCGAGCAGGGCUUUAAGAGCAGCCAGGGAGACAGUGGUGUGGACUUGAGCGCCGAAUCUCGAGAGUCGUCUGCGACCUCGUCGCAGCGCAGCUCGCCCUAUGGCACUCUGAAACCAGAGGAGAUGAGCGGGUCCAACCUGGAGCCCAAGGCUGACGGCCAUAAGGAGCCGGCUCAGAAGCAGCCCGAACAGAAGGAUUCGGAACAAGGCUCAGCGCAGAGCAAGGAGCACAGACCGGGACCCAUCGGCAACGAGCGCUCCCUGAAGAACAGAAAGGGCUCCGAGGCGGCCGAGCGCCUGCCGGGCGCCGCCGUCCCACCGGUCAACGGGGUGGAGAUUCAUGUGGACUCCGUGCUCCCGGUGCCGCCCAUCGAAUUUGGAGUCAGUCCAAAAGUGAGCCAGGAUCUCCUGGGCUCUGUCCCCUUUUCCCAGGACUCCGACUUCAGCUUGCCGCCUGGGUCUGCCCCUGGCCCCGCGGGGAAUCCAGUGGUCAAGCUCCAGGAUGCCCUGGCUAGUAACGCCGGGCUGACACAGAGCAUCCCCAUCCUGCGGCGAGAUCAUCACAUCCAGAGGGCCAUCGGCCUCUCCCAGAUGUCCUUCCCCACGGCCGACCUCACUCUGAAGAUGGAGUCUGCGCGGAAGGCUUGGGAAAACUCGCCCAGCUUGCCGGAGCAGAGCUCUCCGGGAGGCCCUGGCUCGGGCAUCCAGCCCCCGUCCUCUGUGGGAGCCUCCGGUGGGGCCAACUACAGCUCCUUCGGCGGCGUCUCCAUGCCGCCCAUGCCCGUGGCCUCCGUAGCGCCUUCUCUCCCAGGCAGCCACCUGCCGCCUCUCUACCUGGAUGGGCACGUGUUCGCCAGUCAGCCCCGGCUGGUUCCCCAGACCAUCCCGCAGCAGCAGACUUACCAGCAGGCUGCCGCUGCCCAGCAGAUCCCCAUUUCCCUUCACACGUCUCUGCAGGCGUCGGCCCAGCUGGGGCUGCGGGGCGGGCUCCCCGUCUCCCAGUCACAGGAGAUCUUCAGCUCCUUGCAGCCCUUCAGGUCGCAAGUGUACAUGCACCCCAGCCUGUCCCCGCCCAGCACCAUGAUCCUCUCUGGAGGCACCGCCCUGAAGCCUCCGUACUCGGCGUUCCCCGGCAUGCAGCCCUUGGAGCUCGUGAAGCCCCCGUCGGGCUCCCCCUACCAGCCCAUGAGCGGAAGCCAAGCCCUGGUCUACGAGGGCCAGCUCAGCCAGGCGGCCGGGCUGGGCGCCUCCCAGAUGCUGGACUCCCAGCUCCCCCAGCUGACGAUGCCACUGCCCGGCUCCCAGCUGCCUCUGCCACGCUAUGGCUCCGGACAGCAGCCCCUGCUCCUGCCCCAGUCCAUCCAGCUGCCACAGGGGCAGAGCCUCUCGGUGGGGGCCCCACGCAGAAUUCUUCCACCCGGGUCCCAGCCUUCGGUCCUUAACACCAGCAGAGAGUCCUCUCAGAUGGAGAUGAAGGGCUUCCACUUUGCCGACAGUAAACCGAAUGUUCCUUCAGGAGGCUCCGGGCAGUCACCACAGACCUACAGGCCUAGCUCUGCUAGCCCCAGUGGGAAGCCCUCUGGAUCAGCAGUUAACAUGGGCUCUGUGCAGGGACACUACGCUCACCAGGCCAAGCCACGAGUGGAUGAGAAGCCCGGCCUGGGAGCCGUGACCCUGCAGGAGGCCCCCCUGGCCGCCUCCCAGAUGAAGCGCACAGGAGCCAUCAAGCCUCGGGCGGUGAAAGUAGAGGAGAGCAAGGCCUGAGGCGCUGGCCUGGCCGCCUCACCGUGGGCAGAGCCGCCUCGGUCCACCGCCUGGCCGGCCGGCCGAGAGAGAUCCUCUCUCCACUCCUGACAGCUCCGACGUCCAACCAGCUUGCACCGUGGAUUGUGGCAUUGACCUGCUUGCUUUCAUCCGGAACGGCAGCAGCCGUUCCCGUCUCCUUUCCGCGCCCCGGGGCGGCCCUGAGGAUGCAGCGCGGGCAGCUCCUCGUCCGGCGCUCAGCGCUGCCCCACCCCGUCCCGCACGGUGGUGCGGCGGCAGGUCCUUUCCUUUGAAGCUUUUUGUUUUAAAAAGCAGCUAAAGCAGCCAAGGUUUUUACAGAGAAAGGAAAACAAAACACAAGCGAUGUCUGUGUAGCUGAACUUUUACAUGCUCUUCGCCAGCUCCCCGACCCCGUGUCCGGUAGUGUCUUCCCCUCCCGUUUAGUUUGAUGCAUCGCUGUGAGACGCCCUCCUGCUCUUCGUUGGUUGGCCUCUGCGGCCGCACAGGCACCGCACGAGCACCCCGGUGUCCGGCUGCGCUCCGGAGCCCACGGGCAGCCCGUGAGCUGGGGUUUACGGAAGGGUGUCUGUCCCGGAGUCUAAAGCCAGGGACGUGCUGGCCGCUGGCCCUGCGGUGAAGCGCGGACACAGUCACUGGUGUAUCCCGAGUUGGCCUGACGCGUGAGCAGGCAGCACCACGGCCCCCACCCACCUCCCGCGUCUGCUCGAGGGCUCCGGCACCAAGGGCUGCUGUUUCACUCACGCCCUUUCCAAAAGCCUCCACCUUCCUGCACCUUUUUCCCCCGACUCCCCCCCCCCCCCCCUCGCACUGGGGCCUGCGGCAGGGCUUCCUGCUCCUCCCUCCUAGCAGCAGGCCCUGGUGGUGGGACAGGGCGCCCGAGCUGAGCAGUGAGGUCAGCCUUUCCAGCCGCCGGCAGGUCCAAGGGGGAAGCUGUGUUGCAGGGCUGGCCGUGGUUCUGAAACGGCCUGGGCAGCCACCCAAGUCUGCAGAGCUGCCUCCAGCAAAAGGCUCGCGUGAGCCGUUUCACACUGCGUUUUGUUGUUUUUUAAGAACUAGAAUCGCCCCAGAUUCUGUCAUUCCGAGGAAAGGGAAGGGAAGGCUAGAGUUUUGCACAGGCCCUUCGAGGAACUAAGCAGCACCUACAGAGAGGGCACUGCCACUGGUCCCAGGGGACCUGGCUCAGCCCGUGUCCCUGUAGGUGUGUGCCGGCUGCUCAGGCUGCUUCUCAGCUCUGUCCAGGGUAGGACACGGGAGAGAGGGCCCUUGGGCUGCUGCAGCGGCUCGUGCUGUGAUGACAGCUUUGAGGACGGGACACCGCCUGGCAGAGCUCCCGUCUCGCGACCUGGAGGCCAGUUUCCUAGGAAGAGCUUUACUGCUCACUUGGUAGCUUUCUGCACCCCCUCGCCUCCAUCCUUGGACCUCACUGUGCACUGGCUUCUCUUUUCCCUUCAUCUCCUGAAUCUUUACUCUGGAGUCCUGUCCUCACUCUCCUGCCCCAUGUGCUCAUCUGCUCUGCCCCCCCCCCCCCCCCCCCCCCCGCCCCGAGAUGCUGCCUGCCCCACUCCCUGCUGCCCCAUCGCCCGCUGCCCUGCAGGAGCCACACGCUCGCUGCCCGGACACCUGGGAACCCACCCAGACCCUCCCACCUGAUGCUGGGGUCCGCUGCUUGUCUAAAGCAAAAGAGGUUUUCUCAUUGUGAGACUCCACAGAACAGUCCUGGAUGCUGUUACAAACUCAAGGUGUGCCCUCCUGGUGAUCCUGCCAGCGACAGUGCUUGUUUGUGGAAAAAGAAAAACACGGGGUCACCUGCUCUCCAGCCCUUUUCUCUGCCCUGUAUUUUCUACUCCCCGCCCCACCCCAAUAAAACAGAAAACACUAGAAUUUAUUUAUAUGUAUUGUUGUAGGUCUAGGUGAAGGAAGGAAAUGUCCCACUGCGCUAUUUAUAGAUGCGUCUGACUGACCUGUGCAGGAGGGCCAGGAGCUGCAUGUGACCCUCAGUGCUUUCUCCGCCUCGUGUGCCCAGCUGCGGGCGCUUCCCCCCGAGACAUUCCCAGCUGGACUCGGGCAGAGGGUAGGCCCGGGCCUGCUGGCACCCCAUCCCUUCCUUGGUCUGAUUAAAUGCAGUCUUUACUGCACAGAUGUUUUAA